AUGCAUUCAGCUGGCAGCUCUUGUUCCGGGGCUGCCAGUCGCGGUAAUUAUUUGUGCGCUUUUCUCAACAUUCCUGACACCAAAGCAGCCAAUUUCCAAUCAAAGCAGGCUGAUGUACAGUACAGGUCUACAAAGGUUGCCGCGACACACAGAAAUAAAGGAGGCAGUAAAAGUCAGCCAACAUCCAGCAGAAACUCGGCUACACUGUUACCAGUGGAUAUUGAUGGGAUAGAAGCAGAAGAAGAUGCUGUGGAUGAAGGCAUCGAUGACUGCUCUAGUGGUGGAGGGAAUAUUUGGUCUUUAAAGAUUAAAAAUAGAUCUUCUUCAUAA